CGCCGCCGCGCACCGCCGCUCCGCCGCGCUCUGCCCCGCUCAAUGGCGCCUAUAUCGGGACCUCGCUCACGCGGGUGAUCUGUGGUGGGCAGCGGACGGCCGCGGCACAAACACACAUGCUGACGAUAUGUAUGGCCCCGGCACAUCGGCUCAACUCACUCGGAUGCCUGUCACUCUCGCUGCUAUGUCUCUUCGCCACUACUCUUCAAGUCACAAGCGUGCACGCGGGAGAGGCCACGGAGCCCUCGAGCCGGGGCACGCCCGCCGAAAGCUCGCCAACUAAACUGCCAAAGUGCGACCGCACGUUCGUGAGUCGUGGCGGCGCGAGCAACGGCACGUUCCACGCGCCGGAGCUGCUCAACCCCAACAACCACAGCCGCCAGUGUCUUUACACGUUCCUGGCGGCGCCGGGGCAGCGCGUGCUCGUCGAGUUCCGCACCUUCGACCUGCGUGGGAAGCCGCCCGAUGGAGCCGCAGUGGGGGAGCUACCAGCAUGCAUGCACGAGUAUAUGGAUAUCUACUCGGAGAUGGCCUCGCUGGAAGCGGGCGAGCUGGUCAACUCGGCGUUCGGCGGGCGCUACUGCGGGCCCAUCCCGCCGCGCCGCCGCGUGUCGCUGCACCGCGCCGUCGCGCUCUCCUUCUACUCCGACAAGACCUUCGUCCCGCCCACGCUGUUCACCGGCACAUACCGCUUCAUCAACGCAUCGGAGUUCGAGGUGGGAACGCCAGUGCCGAACACUUUAUGCUCGUUCGUGAUCGACGCGAGCAAGCGCAAGACGGGGCUGCUGCUGUCGCCGACGUACCCCGGCAUCUACCCGAAGGACAUGACCUGCAACUACCUGUUCAGCGGCCAGCCGGGGCAGCGCAUACGCCUGGAGUUCCGCGACUUCGAUCUGUUUUUCGGCGGUCCUCACUGCCCAUUCGACUGGGUGCGCGUGUACGACGGGCCCGACAACUCAUCGGCGGUGAUCGGCACAUACUGCGGCCAGCAGCGCAACCUGGUGCUGUAUUCCAGCGACGAGCGGCUGCUGGUCACGUUCUACACGCUGCCGCGCUCCGCCAGCACGCAGAACCGCGGGUUCAAGGGUAUCUUCGAGUUUUCAGAGAGUUUUGUUAAGUUAGAUUUUAUAAGUAAACACGACGCCGAGCACAUUAGGGGCUCCGAGUGCGACCAGAAGAUCCUGAGCAAAAAGGAAUCUACGGGAUUCGUGUACCAUCCAAAUUAUCCAUUCCCCUAUAUACAAAAAGUUGUUUGUAGAUAUUUUAUAUACGGUAUGCAAGACUCACAAAAUUUAGAAAGGGUGCGUUUAGAAUUUCAAAACUUUUCUAUACCAAAGGGAUCUAACCCGAAACCUGACUCGUGCCCCGACGGCUACCUCAAGGUGUACCUCCGCGGGCAGGAGGCGACGGACUCGUACGACAAGCACGACGCGGAGUUGUGCGGAGAGGGCGCGCCCGGCCCGCCCGCCUUCCCCGCGCCGCUGCUCUCCGACGGACCAAGGCUCGUGAUGGUCUUCAGCUCCGGCGAGCUGCAGGGCCGGGGGUUCAAGGCCAAAUAUACUUUUGAGACUGAAUACCGAGUGCCAGGCACUGCCGCUCCCGGCGGCGAGUGCGCCUUCACAUACCGCUCGGAGGCGAAGAAGCGCGGCGAGUUCAACUCCCCCCGCUACCCCUCCAACUACCCCUCGCGCACCAACUGCACCUACACGCUCGACGCCACGCCCAAUGAACAGGUCACCGUCGUCUUCGACCACUUCAAAGUCAAGGCGGACGGUUGGAACGCCACCGCUGGAUUAUACGGUGGCGCGACGUGCAGCGAGGAUUGGGUGGAGGCGUGGUGGACAGGACGCGAGGGCUCGCGCGUGCCGCUGGGCCGCUGGUGCGGGCCGGCCACGCCGGGCCCGCUGCAGUCGCCGCGCGGAGCUCUGGGCCUGCUCAUCGCGUUGCACACCGAUCUGGAAAACGUCGCCUCUGGGUUCAAAGCGCGAUAUGUUUUCGAGCCCGCAAAGUCGAUAUUCGGCGACUGCGGCGGCAACAUGUCGAGCGCGGAGUGGGGCGUGAUCACGUCGCCGCGCUUCCCGGCGCCCUACGAGCCGCCCGCGCGCGGCGCCGCCUCGCGCGUCUGCAACUGGUUCGUGACCGCGCGCCCCGGCAAGCGGCUACUGCUCAACUUCGAACACUUCGCUGUGGAGGGGCAUCUCACUGAGCGUGGGUGCCCCGCAGCGGUCUUACGGCUGUGGUACGAGAGUCCAGGUCCGCCGCUGGAGCUGUGCGGCGAGAAGGCGCCCACCGACCGGUGGCAGUACCUCUCGUCUUCCAACUCCAUUAGGCUCUCGUUCAUAAUAGCGGACAAGUCAGUAGGCGCGGCGGGCUGGCGCGCCGUGUGGACCGAGGUCUCUGUCGGCGAGGAGUGCGCGGACGCACGCCGGCCGGCGGAAUGCGCCGGCGCGUGCCUGCCGCCCGCCGCCGCGUGCUCGGGCUUACAGCACUGCGCCGCGCUCGCGCCGAGCCGACAACACUGCGGCGCGGAGGCCCGCGGCAGCGCCGGCGGGGGCGGGGCCACGAGCGCGUGGUGGUGGGGCGGGGGCGGCGCGGCGGGCGCGUGCGGCGCGCUGGCGCUGUGGUGCCGCCGCCGCCGCCGCCGACCCCGCCGCCCGCCGCCGCCGCCGCGCCCGCCGCCGCGCGCCUGCGCCGCCCGCCUCGCCUCGCUGCAGGACACCCACAAAAUUUAUAAAAAAAUUGCUGCUGUGGUGCCGCCGCCGCCGCCGCCGACCCCGCCGCCCGCCGCCGCCGCCGCGCCCGCCGCCGCGCGCCUGCGCCGCCCGCCUCGCCUCGCUGCAGGACACCUUGCUGCUGUGGUGCCGCCUCCGCCGCCGCCGACCCCGCCGCCCGCCGCCGCCGCCGCGCCCGCCGCCGCGCGCCUGCGCCGCCCGCCUCGCGUCACUACAGGACACCACUCCCUAAAGCACAAAAUUUAUAAAAAAAUUGCUGCUGUGGUGCCGCCGCCGCCGCCGCCGACCCCGCCGCCCGCCGCCGCCGCCGCGCCCGCCGCCGCGCGCCUGCGCCGCCCGCCUCGCCUCGCUGCAGGACACCGUAUGACGACGCGCGCGCCGCGCCACCGCAUGCGCCGCGCGGAACAGACUUAUCGAAUACACAACUUUAACGUACCGAAGAGUUUUUAUUCACCUGUUCCAUAUCCAAACUGA